AUGUUCAGUAACGAGGCUUGCAUAGCUCCAACGACGGGUGCAGGUCCAAGUACAUUUUUGUCUGCUAUUGAAUUCUUCUUGGCUGCACAAUGUAUGGUACAGACCAAGAAUUGGCCAGUUGGGGCUGAAGUUCAAGAUUCUGAAGAGUAUGACUUCGUAAUCGUGGGUGGUGGAACAGCAGGUAGCGUACUAGCCAACAGACUUACUGAAGUUGAGGAUUGGAGUGUAUUACUUAUAGAAGCUGGUGGAAACCCACCGAUAGAAUCAGAGGUUCCAGGUUUAUCAACCAAUCUCUAUGGAUCGGACUUUGACUGGAAAUAUGCGACUGUAAAUAAUGGAAUCACAAACCAAGUGUACAAGGGUGGAAACGUACAAUGGCCGAGGGGUAAAAUGCUUGGAGGUAGCAGCGCUAUGAACGUGAUGGCUUACGUACAAGGAAACCCUCAUGAUUACCAGACUUGGUAUGACGACGGCAAUACCGAAUGGCAUCCAGAUAUUGUCAGAAAAUACACCAAAAUAUCCGAAAGUUUACAAGACCCUGUACUCUUGAGAAACCGCGUAGUUAAGAAUCAUUACGGUUGCUGUGGGCCCGUAACUGUCAAUACUUUUAACGUAACAAAUACCACCGUGUAUGAUGGCUUACUUUCUGCAUUAGACGAAAUCGGUAUGAAAAAUGUACCCGAUUUAAACACAGUUGGUAAUUUAGGUUCUGGACGCUUUAGAUCUACAGCUAGUAAUGGAAAAAGAGUAAGUGCGGCUACAGCCUAUUUAAACCCUAUAGCAGGGUUCAGAAAAAACUUAAAGAUAGUUAAGAAGACUUUUGCUACGAAAAUUUUGUUUCAUGAAAAAAAGGCAUGGGGUGUUCGAGUAGAUCACAAUGGCACAAAGUUGACGAUAAAAGCAAAACGUGAGAUUAUUAUCAGCGCUGGUUCUAUAAACACACCCCAAUUGCUAAUGUUAUCUGGCAUAGGACCUAAAAAACAUCUUGCAGAUAAAAACAUUGAACCAAUACUUGACUCCCCAAUGGUUGGUCAGAAUUUACAUGAUCACACUACUGUAAUGAUUCCAGUAUUUGCUGACGAACCUGAAAAAAGUGAUGACGCCACAAAAUAUUUUGAAACUAUAAGAUACCUAUAUGAUCGUCAAGGUUAUUUGGGAAGGCAUGUCUAUGGUGACAUUACUGCAUUUUACUCAGAAAGACGCAACGCUUCAUAUCCUGACUUCCAAGCACUUAUCAUAGUCAACAAGAAGAAUGAUGAAAGUAUAAAAUCCUUUGCUGCAGAAUUUGUUCAGUCAGUAGAAAAUUCUAUAUUAAAGCAAAGUCAAAAUAAGGCAUUAAUUCAGCUUAGGGCAACUGUACUGCAUCCAUUUACUAGAGGAAACAUUUCUCUGAAAUCAAAUAAUCCAAACGAUCAUCCUCUCAUAUAUUAUAACAACUAUGAUGAUUCUAGAGAUUUAGAGCUUGCUGCAACUAGUAUAGAAACGUUAGUGAAGAUUGUAAAUACGACUUUCUUCAAAUCAAUCAAUGCAGUACUAGGCAGGGUCGACAUCGAUGCCUGUAAUGAUUAUGAGUUUGGAUGUACCGAUUACUGGAAGUGUAUCUCUAUCAAUUUUGCUACUACAGUUUACCAUCCAGUGUCCACGGCAAAGAUGGGUCGUGAUAUAACUAGUUCGGUGGUUGACAGUCGUCUGAAGGUGCAUGGUAUCUGUGGGCUUCGCGUUGUGGAUGCUAGCGUAACACCAUCUAUAAUCAGUGGAAACGUUCUAUCUCCCACAAUAAUGAUCGCUGAAAGAGCAGCUGAUUUAAUAAAAGAGGAUCAUAAUAAGACAAGACGAGUACACGAUGUUUGAAGUGCAAAUCCUCUUCAAAUAAAAGCCACUCUAGCUUCAUUUUGGAUGGUAAAAUUGUGAAUAAAUAGCAUGAAGAGUUUAAUUUUAUCCUACGGAUUAAUUUAUAAAGUACUUGUAAUAUAGAUAUACGUUACACAAUAUAUUUUAUGUAAGUAAUUAAAAUCAUUAAAUAUUUUACCAAUU